AUGGAGGAAGAACUCAAGAUCUUCAUAGUUGUAUGGUUUACUGCAAUCAUCUCAGUAACAUAUUGUUACUACUUACCACUAAAAAUCAAAACCCGUCUUCUUCGAUUAGUCUCAGUUCUUCCCGUUUGUGCAUUGUUUCUUGUUCUUCCCAUGUUUUUAUCCAAUGCUCAUUUUUCUUUCACCAUAGCGUUUUUCCUCUCCGGUCUUGCAACUGCAAAACUAAUCCUCUUUGCGUUAGAAAAAGGUCCUCUUUUUCCAGUCCCUCCUAAUCUCCUCCAUUUUAUCUGCUUUGCUUGCUUCCCCAUCAAGCUUCAGAGAAACCCUAACCCUGAUGAAAAUCAUAACCAUUUCCCCAAAUGGGUUUUCCCCGUUAAAGUUUUCAUCUUUUGUAUUUUGUUACUACAAGUGUAUGAUUACAAACAAUAUCUACCUCCGAAUUUCAUGUUGGGUCUCUAUUCUCUACAUAUAUACUUAGAGCUUGAGAUUUCCUUAACACUAAUCAAAUUUCUCGUCACCAUCACUCUAGGAUGCGACCUAGAACCACAUUUCAAUGAACCAUACUUAGCCACCUCUCUACAUGAAUUCUGGAGUCACCGUUGGAACCUCAUGGUCUCGGAGAUUCUCCGGCUUUCAGUGUACCUCCCUAUUCGGAAGUGGCGAGUCAAGAGCUCUGAGUGGGAUCGGCUCUUAGGGAUUUUCGCCACGUUCCUUGUCUCAGGUGUGGCUCACGAGAUUCUCUACUUCUAUUUGAUGCGUGAGAAGCCUACAUGGGAGGUGAGCUGGUUCUUUGUGUUACAUGGAAUUUGCACGGCAGCUGAAGUGGCGGUGAAGAGGAAGACGAAGUUGGUGCAGCGGUGGCCGUUGAAUCCGGCUUUGUCGAGGCUGCUCACGGUGGGGUUUGUGUUUGUGACUGGUGUUUGGCUAUUUUCCCCUCAGCUUAUUAGGAACGGCUUCAUGGAGAGAUUUACUAAUGAAGAAUUGCUUUUUAUUGAUUUCUUUAAACGCAAGUUAUUUAUUCUCUUAGGGUUGUUUACGAGUCUUAAAUAG